AUGAUAUCUUCAUUAACAAGAACCUUUUCAACAAAGUUGAAUAUUCAAAAUGUCAACAAGGUUGCUGGAGUAGCUACCAAUGGCACAUCAUCGUUGUCAUCAUACAGCAGAUCAUAUAUUACAUCUACUUCAUCCUUUACUUGUAAAUCAUAUUUAAAUAACAACAAAAAUAACAAUACUAUCAGUAUCAACAAUAACCAACUAUUAAAUAUUAAACCAACAACAUCAUAUACAUCUGUCAGAACGAUCAUAACACAGGCAAAUGAAAUUUCAUUAAACAAUUUGAGAGAUAAUCCAGGUGCAAACAAAAAGAGAAUCAGAUUAGGUAGAGGUAUUGGUUCUGGUAGAGGUAAAACCUCUGGUAGAGGUCAUGGUGGUCAAAAAGCAAGAGCUGGUCACAAUAUUCCACGUGGAUUCGAAGGUGGUCAAACACCAUUGUUCAAAAAGAUGAGAAAGUAUGGUUUCUCAAACGCAACCUUUGCCAGAGAACUUAGUCCAUUGAAUCUCGCCAAAUUGGAUAAACUCAUUAGCGAAGGACGUAUUGACAUUUCCAUGCCAAUCACAAUGAAGACUUUAUUCGACCAAAACGCUGUUGGUAGAAUUAGACAUGGUGUUAAAAUAUUGGCUCAAGGAUCAGAAACCUUUAAACAUAAGAUUAAUAUUGAAAUGAGUGAUUUCUCAGAGAGUGCUAGACAAGUGAUCGAAGAGUUGGGAGGUACUGCUACCAAUGUCUACUAUGAUCGUGUAGGUCUCAAGUUUUUGCUCAAGCCUGAAAAGUUUGAUUUCACACCAAAGAGAGCUCGUGUUCCUCUAAAGUUAAAAGAAAAGUAUCCAGAUCAUCCAACUGGUUACUUGGGUGCCUACUCUACCACUGGUUCUCCUCCAACUCCAAAAGAAGAAUAA